AUGUCAAAAUCAGCAUCAAAACCUCCUCUAACUGAUAAAGAUCGUCGUAAACAAAUAUCGAUUCGUGGUCUACCAAUAUUAGAAAAUGUUGCAUCUGUUAAGAAAACAUUCAAUCGUCAUUUACAUUUUACUAUUGUUAAAGAUCGCAAUGUAGCUACAAAUCGUGAUUAUUUUUUAUCAACAGCAUAUACAGUACGCGAUCAUCUUGUUGGUCGAUGGAUUCGUACACAACAACAUUAUUAUGAAACCGAUCCAAAACGUGUUUAUUAUUUAUCAUUAGAAUAUUAUAUGGGACGUUCAUUAUCAAAUAUUAUGAUUAAUCUUGGUAUUGAAUCGGAAUUAGAUGAAGCAUUAUAUGAAUUUGGUUUGUCAAUUGAAGAAUUAGAAGAACUUGAAGAAGAUGCUGGUUUAGGUAAUGGUGGUCUUGGUCGACUUGCUGCUUGCUUUCUUGAUUCAAUGGCUACACUUGGUCUAGCUGGUUAUGGUUAUGGAUUACGUUAUGAAUACGGUAUAUUUCAACAAACAAUCAAAGAUGGAUUUCAAUGCGAAGAACCUGAUGAUUGGUUACGUUAUGGAAAUCCAUGGGAAAUUCCUCGACCAGAAUAUCAAAUACCCGUUAAUCUUUAUGGUCGUGUUGUCGAUCAAAAUGGAAAACCAAAAUGGGUUGAUACAAAAGUUAUCAUGGCUAUGCCAUAUGACACUCCAGUACCAGGUUUCAAUAACAACGUUGUUAAUACACUUCGAUUAUGGAGCGCAAAAGCUGCCCAAAAAUUUAAUUUUCAGUUUUUUAAUGAUGGAGAUUAUCUUAAUGCAGUUAGUGAUCAAAGUUUAGCUGAAAAUGUAACACGAGUUCUAUAUCCAAAUGAUAAUUAUAUGCAAGGAAAAGAACUUCGUCUUAAACAAGAAUAUUUUCUUGUUGCUGCUACUUUGUCGGAUAUAAUUCGAAGAUAUAAACAUUCUAAAUUUGGUACAUCUACAACAACUCGUGAUGAUUUUAAUACAUUUCCGGAAAAAGUUGCUAUACAACUUAAUGAUACACAUCCAGCAUUAACUAUUGCUGAAUUAAUGCGUUUGUUAGUUGAUAUUGAAGGUUUGUCGUGGGAGAAAGCAUGGGAUAUAACCAAACGUUCAUGUGCUUAUACAAAUCAUACACUUAUGCCUGAAGCUGUUGAACGAUGGUCUGUUGGUUUAUUAGAACAUGUUUUACCACGACAUUUACAAAUUAUUUAUGAUAUUAAUUUACGCCAUCUUCAAGAAGUUGCUGCACGUUACCCAGGAGACGGUAAUCGUCUUCAAGCUUUAUCUAUUGUUGAAGAAGGUAAUGAUAAGCGUAUUAAUAUGGCUUAUUUAGCUAUUGUUGGAUCUCAUGCAGUUAAUGGAGUUGCACAAAUUCAUUCAGACCUUCUUAAAACAACUCUUUUUAAAUCUUUUUAUGAAUUAUCACCAGACAAAUUUCAAAAUAAAACAAAUGGUAUAACACCACGUCGUUGGCUUGUUUUAAGUAAUCCAAAUUUAAGUGAUGCUCUUGCUGAAAAAAUUGGAGAAGAUUGGAUAACAAAUCUUGAUCAACUUAAACGUUUAAGAGAACACAUUAAUAAUGAAGUAUUCGUACGAGAUAUUCAACGUGUUAAACAAGAAAAUAAACAACGUUUAGCUGAAUGGCUUUUAAAAACACAAAAUCAAAAAAUUAAUCCAAUGUCAAUGUAUGAUAUGCAAGUUAAACGUAUACAUGAAUAUAAACGACAAUUAUUAAAUAUUCUACAUAUUAUUACAUUAUAUAAUCGUAUUCGAGCUAAUCCUGAUGGAAAAUAUGUACCAAGAACGGUUAUGAUUGGUGGAAAGGUUAAUAGUGUUGGUAAAAUUGUUAAUAAUGAUCCUAUUAUUGGUGAUCGCCUUAAAGUUGUCUUUCUUGAAAAUUAUCGUGUAACAUUAGCUGAACAAAUUAUUCCAGCUGCUGACUUAUCUGAACAAAUCUCACUUGCUGGAAUGGAAGCAAGUGGAACAUCAAAUAUGAAAUUUAUGUUAAAUGGUUCAUUAACAAUUUGUACAUUAGAUGGUGCAAAUGUUGAAAUGGCUGAAGAAGUUGGAAAUGAUAAUAUAUUUAUAUUUGGUAUGACGGUUGAAGAAGUUGAAAAACGUGAACGAGAAGGAUAUUGUGCAAGACAUUUUUAUGAAAAUAAUAACGAGCUCAAAAAAGCUAUUGAUCAAAUUAAUAAUGGAUUUUUCUCACCAGAAAAUCCAGAAUUAUUUCAUGAUGUUGUCAAUAGUUUAUUAUGUGACCAUGGAGACCGUUAUAUGCUUUUAGCUGAUUAUGAAAGUUAUAUUAAAAGUCAAGACAGAGUUAGCGAACUUUUUAAAGAUCCAAUUGCUUGGACAAAGAAAAGUAUUUUAAAUAUUGCAGCAUCGGGUAAAUUCUCAAGUGAUCGUACUAUAGCGGAAUAUGCUCGUGACAUUUGGAAUGUUCAACCAGCACUUCAUCCAUUACCUAAUCCACAUGAAGGUCGACCUGGUACAAAACAUGAAGGAGAAGCAACACAUGGUUCAACACAAUCACUUACUGAUUUGGCGAAAAAUUAA